GUUAACCAGUGUUAACUUUGCCCCUUUCUCACCCUUUUUUCGGUCAAUUUUUCACAGUAAUUUGUUUUAAAUUUGGUACAUCGUUAUCAUGGCAAGUGCUACUAGUUCGAAGGGCGAAUUCCUGGUCGGGGGGAAGUACAGACUUGUCAGAAAAAUCGGCAGCGGUUCGUUCGGUGAUAUUUAUUUGGGCGUCAACAUAACAAAUGGCGAGGAGGUAGCUGUCAAACUAGAAUCACACAAAGCUAGGCAUCCACAGUUACUCUACGAAAGCAAAUUAUAUAAAAUUUUACAAGGUGGUGUUGGGAUUCCCCAUAUUCGGUGGUACGGUCAAGAGAAAGAUUACAAUGUUCUAGUAAUGGACCUCCUAGGUCCAAGCUUAGAAGACCUCUUUAAUUUCUGCUCCAGACGAUUCACAAUGAAAACAGUUUUAAUGUUGGCAGAUCAGAUGAUCAGUCGAAUAGAGUAUGUCCAUAAUAAGAAUUUCAUCCAUAGAGAUAUUAAACCAGAUAAUUUCUUGAUGGGUAUUGGAAGACACUGUAAUCAGCUUUUCCUGAUUGAUUUUGGCUUGGCAAAGAAAUAUCGAGAUAGCCGUACAAGGCAACAUAUACCUUACCGUGAAGACAAGAAUCUAACUGGUACAGCACGUUAUGCCAGUAUCAACGCUCAUCUUGGUAUUGAGCAAAGUCGCCGUGACGACAUGGAGUCCCUUGGCUAUGUGUUGAUGUAUUUCAACAGAACCAGCUUGCCAUGGCAGGGUCUGAAAGCCGCUACUAAGAAACAAAAAUAUGAAAAAAUCAGUGAAAAGAAAAUGUCAACGCCUGUGGAAGUAUUGUGUAAGGGAUUCCCAGCUGAGUUUGCCAUGUACCUCAAUUACUGUCGUGGACUACGGUUUGAAGAAGCGCCUGACUACAUGUAUCUUCGUCAGUUGUUUCGAAUCCUCUUUCGUACUCUGAAUCACCAGUACGAUUACACCUUCGAUUGGACCAUGCUGAAACAGAAAGUGGCGGCGGCACAGUCUGCCACAAAUCCAAGCACCAAUGCAGUGGGUACACCAUCAGGUGCCAAGCAUACAGACAGCAAAGCCAAGAGCAGCCGGCAACGUUGAACCAAAACCACCUGUAAAUAAACUGUCACUAGCUUAACGUGGUACACCAGUGCAAGGAACCUUUCCAGGACUAUAAUGUGAUGGCUUUCUGUGAUCACACUUAUCUGAUCCUUGCAUCAGCUGGAGGCAUGCAUUGGGCAUGCUUUUUCCAUCUUUAACUCUUCAACCUUGUUAACAUCACCCUGUCAUGCUAUAAAUUUCCAAAGAUGACCGUGCAUGACAUCUGUUCAUACUGUAUAUUACUCAUAUAUUUUAGAUUACCUUUGCUAGAUGUAUAGCUUAAGAUGUGUAUCCUAUGUAAACAAUUAGUGUUUAGUUAAUAUAUUGAUCAGACCCAACAAGUAUGAUAGAGGGGAAGGGAACUCCUGGUAAUGUUUUUGAUAUAAAUUACAAUCUUCCAAAAAAACUUCUAGCCUGAUGUUAUUCUUGAUUACACAAAUAAUAAAUAAACUUCACAAGUUUGUAAAGUCAUUGGUAGACUUUAUCAUUUUA